AGACGGAGUACGGUGAUUUUUCAUUUUUGCCCACCGUCGCUCCCUUGAAAAGCGGGUCGAAAGAAUCCGAGCAGUCAUCUUCUUACUUCCACAUCAAUCAUCAUUGACUUCACUUUUCAUGCACCUCCCUUUUUUUUCUUCUUCCCAAAAACCAAUAAAAUCAAUAUAGCUUUGCAUUUAAAACCAAAAAAUAACAAAAAUAAAUGUCAAAUUCCUAAUUUAAAUAUUUCACCUUCUCAGUUGAAAUUUCAGCUACCUACAGUCUUUUGCUGCUCAUUUUUAUUUAUUUAUAUUCUGAAAAGAGAAUAUUGGGUUUCUAAUUUAAUUUCAACCUUUGAAUUUUCUGUAUUUUUGGUGGAUCUUCUUGUUGGGGUUUCACUGAUUCUGAUCUAUAUUCAAAAAAAUAAGAAAUUGGUUGAUUACUUUGAUUUCAAAUCUCGAUUUUUUCUGUAUUUUUUGGUGGAUUUUCUGGGAUUUGAUUUGAUUUGAUUUGAAUUUCCAUUAAUUUUGGGGUGAUUAUUUUUGGAUUUUCUUUGUGGGUUUUGAUUACGGUGACAGAUAAUUCAAGAUUUUGAUUUGGGGGUCUGUUUCUUGGAUUUUUUUGGUGGGGUUUGAUUGAAUUUUGUUAUAUAAAUUCAAAUGUAUGAAGAAUAGGGUGUCACGUUCAUCAUCAUCACCAGCAUCGUUGUUGUUGUCAAUGGCUGCGCCAAGGAGUUUGGUAGUUGAUACGGGGCGGUUGCUGACAAGGGAUGAGGAAAUGAACUUAGGUUUGACGCCGGGAGCUGAGGAUUCACCGACUGGUAAAAGGUAUAAGGAAGGGAAGUUUCCGUUGUCAAGAUGGGAGUUUGCGGCAGCUUUAGGUGUAUUUGUGGUGUUUACAGUAGGGUUGUUUUCUAUAUACUUGACAAUGCCAGCUGCUGAGUAUGGAAAACUCAAGUUGCCUCGUUCCCUUUCCGACCUCCGGAUGCUCAAGGAUAAUAUUGGAACAUAUGCCAAAGUGUAUCCUGCGAAAUUCAUUCUGGGUUACUGCUCAACAUACAUAUUCAUGCAGACAUUUAUGAUUCCUGGGACAAUAUUCAUGUCCCUGCUUGCUGGAGCACUUUUUGGUGUUUUUAAAGGGCUUAUCUUGGUUGUCUUUAAUGCUACAGCUGGUGCAUCGUCCUGCUUUUUUCUGUCUAAAUUAAUUGGCAGGCCUUUAGUUAGCUGGUUGUGGCCUGAAAAAUUGAGAUUCUUCCAGGCAGAGAUAGCCAAGCGUCGGGAUAAGUUGCUCAACUAUAUGUUGUUUCUGAGAAUAACUCCAACAUUGCCAAAUCUUUUCAUCAACUUGGCAUCUCCAAUCGUGGAUAUACCAUUCCAUAUUUUCUUCUCGGCCACAUUGGUUGGUCUCAUUCCAGCCGCAUAUAUUACAGUCAAGGCCGGCCUAGCUCUUGGUGAGCUGAAGUCUGUGAAAGAUCUGUACGAUCUCAAGACCUUGUCCGUGCUCUUCCUCAUUGGUUUUAUCUCGAUAUUACCUACCAUCUUGAAGAGGAAGAAAAUAUACGAAUAAAGCUCCUCCCAGAAGGCCAAUUUGGAUCCUCUUGGAAAGUAACUUAUAGAAGAUAUAGUUUAAUUUUAUUUCGGAGCAAAUUGGAGAGGCAGAGGCAAGACAUAGUGAGACAAAUCUAUAUUUUACAUAUGGAAAUCUGAAAUCUACAUUUGACUGUCCAAUCCAUUGGUAGAAUAGUGGAAAAUGCUGUGUUCUUUACCAACUCCUUAUGUUUUACCCUCUGUUAGUCUGUUAUCUGACCCGCAGUUACCAGUAGUAUUGUUAAAGGUAAUGUCAAAUGUAGCAGACAGAUUUUGAUAUGAAUUCUGAUUCAAGAUUGAUCUUAUAGUCA